GGGGUUCAGUUUGCAGGCUUCUCCUCUGAGUCUCUGUGUGAGAGGAUCCUGGAUUCCCAGUGUAGUAUCCUGGUGACUGCAGAUGGUGUAUACAGAGGGGAGAAAUGGAUCAACCUGAAGCAGAUAGCAGAUGAAGCUCUAGAAAAGUGCAAGGAGAAAGCAUCAGCGACCGUUAAAAGAUGUCUAGUAGUUAAGCAUCACGCACUGAGGAUAAAAAGUGGGGAUGUUUCUAACAAACCGCAGACCCCGUGGGAUGCUGCAUGUGAUGUGUGUUGGGAGGAGGUGAUGGGACAGGUCUCAGAGCAGUGUGAACCUGAGUGGCUGGAUGCAGAGGAUCCUCUCUUUAUACUUUAUACCAGUGGAUCUACUGGCAAACCAAAGGGUGUCCUCCACACAGUAGCAGGCUACCUGCUCUAUACCUCUCUGACCUUUAAGUAUGUGUUUGACCACCAGCCAGACGAUGUGUACUGGUGUACCGCUGAUAUAGGAUGGAUCACCGGACACUCCUACAUCACCUAUGGACCCCUGGCCAAUGGGGCUACCAGCGUCCUGUUCGAGGGUAUUCCAGUCCACCCUCACGUUGGGCGUUUCUGGGAGGUGAUUGAGAAGUACAGAGUGACCAAGUUCUACACAGCUCCCACAGCCAUACGCCUUCUCAUGAAGUACGGGAAAGAGCCACUACAAAAAUACGACCUGUCAUCGCUGAGGAUCCUGGGAACUGUAGGCGAGCCCAUCAACCCGGAGGCGUGGCAUUGGUACUACGAGGUUGUUGGUCAGAAGAGAUGUCCCGUCGUGGACACCUUCUGGCAGACUGAGACCGUGAGUGUGUGUGUGUCUGUGACUGUGUGUGUUUCUGUGUGUUUCUGUGUGAGUGUGUGUGUGUCUGUGACUGUGUGUGUUUCUGUGUGUGUGUGUGUGUG